CAAUUAGCUUUCACUCAAUGGGACAGUCAUCUCAAACGUGCCUCAUGUGUAGGAGUAGAUUUGCAAGAUUUCGGCGAAAAUGACCAUGGAAAUAUACCUGAAAAGACCUCAUUCUGGAGUUCCUUGGGGAUUUCGCCUCAUCGGCGGUUCGGAUUCCCAUCUACCUAUCGUAGUUUCCAAGAUUGUUGAGGGAAGUGUUGCCGAGCAGUCAGGGUUAGAAGAAGACGUCCUUCUUGAGAGGAUCAAUAAUGUACCUACUUCUGGAUUAACGCAUGCUGAGGUCAACCAGAUCAUAUUGGCUACAGAAGAUGAGCUAUUUCUCACAGUGAGAAAGGUGAAUCUAGAAAAUUUAAUUUUAGCAUCUUUGAACGAAGAAGACAGCAAUUCGGAAAUAACAAAUAUUUUACGUCAGGCAGUAAAUACAACUACAGUUAUUGAGGAAGAAACAGAGCUCGAGGAACUAGGGCUGAAAAAAGAAUUCGGUGUGACUAUGAUAAUAGAUAACAAUAAGAAUAAAAGUGAAAAUCAAAUUUCAAAAGACAAAAACAUCUACACUCCUCACAUUAGCAAGUAUCAAUUGCCACAAGCACAAGAUUCAAAUAAAAAGUGGACAACAUUUUUACAGAAGCCUAAGAACCCCAAACCAACGUCCAAAAAUCAGGCCCCACCUAUACCAAAGUCCGAGCAAUACAAAGUCAUCAUUACAAAACAGCCUAAAAGAGAAAAACAGGAAAUCAAACCUCAAGAAAUACCCAGCCAAGAAGAAAUAGUAGAGGAAAAAGAAGACGCAAAUACCCAGACAACAGAAGAAAUUCCAAUGGAGUUAGAAGUAAGUGUUAAAACACAUAUAACAGAAGAAACUGAAGUAACCAUCGAAGAUGCAGAUGAAGAACUACAAAAUGAGAUGGAAAACGUUCAAUAUGAAUACGUACAAGGAACGUACGAAAACAUUGAAGCAUCACAAGAAGAUUAUAUUCAAUACGACUCAACAGAAAAUGAAAAAAUCACAACAGAGGUGAUGAUUGAAAAUUCCCAACAAGAACAGACUCUAUCUUUGGAAGAGCAAUUAGCAGCAGUACAAAGGCAACUCCAAGAGCUAGCCCAACUACCAUCAUCCAUUCAAGAAACCCUAAGUGUGGUCACGCAACAAUUAGCAAAUAUAGUAGGAGACAAAAAACCAAAUACAGAAACUGAUGAAGAUCCUGAAACAAGAAAUGAAGAGAUGAACGAAAAUACUGAAACCGUUGAAGCUGGAGAAGCUGAGGAAGUUGAAGAGCAUCAAAUGAAUGAAGGAAACAACCCUGAGUUAGUAAUAGAUGAAGCAAGUGAUAGAGCUGAGAUGGAAGGUGGACAAUCUGAUGUACUAUCUGACAUCUACGAAGAACAAGAGGUUUCCGAAACAACGGAAGAAGCAAAUUACGAAGAAAUUCUUGCAGCACAACUAGAAGCUCAACGCAUUGAAGAGGAAAGGCAGGCAAAGCAUCAGCUGGAAAUCCAGGAAGAAGAAGAGAACAGGAAAAGGAGAAGCACGAUACGACCUAUAAUCUUACCAGGAGGCAGGAAGUGGGUGGACCCAGACGAUGUGGUGGUGAAGGUGAAGAAUCCAAAGAUGACAGACGAGAAAAUUUGCAACACACUCGAGUCGUUUUCCGAAGUGAUCGUUGGAAAAACGAAAGGAAUCAACUUUCUGAAGUAUACCCCUCCCGCAAAAAAUCUGGAAUAUCUUCAACGAUCUGAUGUUUAUCGUCUGGUGCAUGACAUGGAACCCCCAGUGAGAGGAAUCAGCUUGAGAUCUGAGAAAAUUUUAGCUGCUCAAGACUACUAUACAGCUGAAAGCAAUUGAAACCGAUUGAAUAUAAAUAUUAUGCAACGCUGAUUUCGUCAGUUGUUUCUUGUGAAAAUUUCGAAUAAAUAAAAUACCUAGUUUUGA